CAAGUCAACCGUGUAACACUCUGCAAACUAUGGGUGAGAAUAUCACCGGUCGUUUAGAACAAGAUGUAAAGUAAUAAUACAUUUCUUUUUUUUAUAUUUAAUUAUCAUUUUCAGAGCUUCUAUUUCCUUCUUCUAAACUAUACUUUGACUGGUCCCUCCUCCUCCUCCUCCUCCUCCAUUUUCCCACCCAUCGCCAUUGACGACGAAAAGGUAGGCAUCGGAGCGAGAUGAACAACCUGUUCUCGUCGUCGUGGAGGCGCGGCGACGACCUGGAAUCCGGGGGAGGGGGAGUGGAGAUGGGGGCGAGCGGGGCGAGCUUGGACAGGUUCUUCGAGGACGUGGAGGGGAUAAAGGAGGAGCUGCGGGAGGUGGAGCGGAUCCAGCGGCGGCUGCAGGAGGCGAACGAGGCCGGGAAGACGCUGCACGAGGCGGCGGCGGUGCGGGGGCUGCGGGCGCGGAUGGACGCGGACGUGGCGCAGGCGCUGAAGAAGGCGAAGGUCAUCAAGCUCCGCCUCGAGGCGCUCGACCGCGCCAACGCCGCCAACCGCUCCGCCCCGGGCUGCGGGCCCGGCAGCUCCACGGACCGCACGCGCACCUCCGUGGUGGCCGGGCUCCGCAAGAAGCUGAGGGACUCGAUGGAGGCGUUCGCGGAGCUCCGGAAGCGGGUGGCCGGGGAGUACCGGGAGACGGUGCGGCGGCGGUACUACACAGUGACCGGGGAGGAGGCGGACGAGGCGACGGUGGAGGCGCUGGCGGCGACGGGGGAGGGGGAGCGGUUCCUGCAGCGGGCGAUCGAGGAGCAGGGGCGGGGGAGGGUGGUGGACGUGAUCGCGGAGAUACAGGAGCGGCACGGGGCGGUGGCGGAGCUGGAGCGGAGCCUGCUGGAGCUGCAGCAGGUGUUCCUCGACAUGGCCGUGCUCGUCGAGGCGCAGGGCGAGCAGCUCGACGACAUCGAGAACCACGUCGGCCGGGCCAAGUCCUUCGUCGACCGCGGCCGCGAGCAGCUGCAGGUCGCCCGCACGCACCAGAAGAGCACCCGCAAGUGGACCUGCUUCGCCAUCAUCCUCCUCCUCAUCAUCAUCCUCGUUAUCGUCCUGCCCAUCGUUCUCACCACCACCAAGAACAACAAAUAGCCUCCUCCUCCUCCUCCUCCUCCUCCUCCUCCUCCUCCGCUCUCCUAUUUAAUUUUUGUUUUCUUUUGUGUGUGCUUCUCUCUCCUCUCUCCUAUUUAAUUUUUGUUUUCUUUUGUGUGUGCUUCUCUUGCUCUUGCAGUGGAUUUGAGAGUUUUUCUCUUUCUUUCUUUCUUUCUUUCUUUUUUUAAUUCCUUCUUUUAUGUUCAAUUUGAUACGUUAUAUAAAUGUUGUUGUAGAUUGUUAUUGUGAUGAAGAGUUUAUUACUCCCUUAGGGCGCGCGCGCUUCCAAAUGUGAGCAGUGUAGGAUGUUAUUAUUAUUAUUGAUUCUG